GCUCUUUGGUAUUAAUGUUUAUAAUAUCUAAACAUCCAUUGUCUUCGGCGUUUUUUUUUUUCAUUUAGCACAUACCAUUUUAGAAUUUAAAAUUCCGAAAUUUUUAGUCAACCUAAUAUCCAAAAAUGGAGCAGAAUAAAAAUAAUUCUGGCGCGAAAAGGGAGUGCUGCGAGCCCGAUCCCUUCUGCUUCCUCCCAGUCCCCGUGGCUGGCCCCAUGGAAGAGGUCCCUUCGCUACCAGAUGCUUGCGAUCCCGAAUAUCAGAAGCUGCAGCUCAAAGACAUCAAGGAUGCUUACGAGAGGAUCAGACCUGAAAUAGCCAAGACGCCAUGCUACCUGUCCAAACUGUGCUCGGAGCUGUGUAUGCAGCUGUACAUUAAGGACGAAACCAAGCAUUACACCGGAAGCUUCAAGGAGCGCGGCGCGCGCAACGCGCUGCUGAAGCUGGCGCCGCAGCACAAGAAGAACGGCGUGGUGACGGUGUCGGCGGGCAACCACGGGCUGGGGCUGAGCUACCACGGCCGCCACCUGUGCGUGCCGGUGACGGUGGUGAUGCCGCAGGACGCCGCCUGCAUCAAGGCGGAGCGCUGCAAGGCGCUGUGCGCCGAGGUGCAGCUCAGGAGCGGCGACAUGGGCGCCAUGAUGCGCUCCGUCGCCGAGGAGGCCAAGCAGAGCGGCCGCGCCUUCAUCAGCGCGUACGACCACAUCGACGUGAUGGCGGGCCAGGGCACCAUCGGCAUGGAGAUCCUGGAGGACGUGCCUGACGUGGACGCCAUCCUGGUGCCCAUCGGCGGCGGAGGGCUCAUCGCCGGCAUCGCGACGGUCGUCAAGAAGCUGCGCCCCUGCUGCGAGAUCAUCGGCGUGGAGAGCGUCAAGUGCCCCAGCUUCCACAAUGCGCUGGUGGCGUGCAAGCCCACCUUCGUGCCCUGCUCCAAGACGCUGACGGACGGCAUGGUGGUGCCCUGCGUGGGCCACAACGCCUUCUACAACGCCAGAAGGAAGAUCUCCAGGCUGGUUCUGGUCGACGAGGAGAUGGUGGAGCGUGCCAUGCUGUGUCUCGUCGAGCGAGAGAAGGUUGUCGCCGAGGGCAGUGGGGCGGCCGCCCUCGCUGUCCUCGUGGCCGGCCAGCUGCCCGACCUCAUGAAGAAGCGCGUGGUGGUGAUCCUUUCGGGCGGCAACAUCGACUCGCUGGUGCUGAGCUGCGCGCUGCGGCGGGCCCUCAUGCACGAGGGCCUGCUGGUGCGGUUCGAGGUGCGGCUGGACAACAAAACGUGCGCCACGGCCCGCCUGCUGCAGGUCAUCGCCGAGACGGGCGCCAACGUGCGCGACAUCCGGUUGGAGCGCUGCGGCCACCAGGACGUGGACGUGUUCAGCGUGCUGGUGUCCGUGGUGUGUGAGACGUGCACGUGGAAGCAGUCCGAGGACCUCAUGGACCGGCUGGAGCAGACAUACCCUGAAGUGCGCUUCGAGCGGGACCCCAACACAAGAGAAUGCUAGAACCACAGUUGUCAGUGGCAAACAAGCGGAUGUUUUCAGUUUUCAAAUUUUAGUCCAAAUCACUUUGAUUUUUAUUCAAAACAUAUGACGAUCACUUAUACUUUCUUCAAGUAAAUAUACAUAUUUUUAAUGAA